AUGGGCCUUUCUGCUUUAGUUUAUCUUCUUUCUUUUUCCACAGGAAAGCUGAAUAGGGGCCUCUCUGUCAUCGACAGCUACAAAUUGUUGAAAGAAGGACAAGAGUUGACCGAGGAAGAAAUCUUUCUUGCAAGUGCUCUUGGCUGGUGUAUUGAAUGGCUUCAAGCUUAUUUUUUUGUUCUCGAUGACAUUAUGGAUGACUCUCAUACAAUACGUGGUCAGCCUUGUUGGUUUAGGGUGCCCAAGGUCGGUAUAAUUGCAGCAAAUGACAAGGUUUCGCUUCGAAAUCACAUUCCCAGGAUUCUCAAGAACCAAUUCCGAGGGAAACCAUACUAUAUAGAUCUUCUGGAGCUGUUUAAUGAGGUGGAAUUUCAAACAGCCUCUGGACAGAUGGUUGAUCUGAUUACAACACUAGAAGGAGAAAAGGAUUUGUCCAAAUACACUUUGUCACUUCACCGGAGAAUUGUUCAGUACAAAACUGCCUACUACUCAUUCUACCUUCAUGUUGCUUGCGCAUUGGUCAUGUCGGGUGAGAAUCUGGACAACCAUAUUGAUGUAAAGAACAUUCUUGUAGAUAUGGGUAUCUACUUCCAAGUACAGGUAACAUUAGACUUGAUUGCCUCAAUUUUUCCGGAUUUGUUUUGUCAUUCGGGAGGCUAUAAAUUGAUUCCUGGGUUUCAUUUGUUUAUUCUUGGUAGUAGUGGACUGGAGUAUAAUCAUGGGUUAUUUCUUUUUCCAGCAAGUAAGAUCAUUAUCUCCUUUUAUUUCUAAUGAUUUUAUUUGUUA